UCAAUGCCACAUUCACUUUUUUUUUGGCUGACUUUAACUUCAGAUACGUUCAUUGAUUGCACCUAAGAAAUGGCUUUAAAGAAAAGAAGUUUUUUGAGAUAUAUCUCUUUACUUUUUUUAAGCUGUUCAUUUAUUUAUCUUGUAACAAACCCUAAAGGAAAAGGCUGCUUAAAAAGUGGGCAGUUGGACAUGAAACACCUACAGUGGUACAAUAGUGGAGACCUGCAAGCUUGUUCAGCCAUCAUCCAAGGAGACAUGGAUGGAGUUGACAACAAAGACUUUGGCAAGUUCCUUACUGGAUGGAGAAAAACAUCUCUUUUUCCUGAAUCCUACUACUUAAAUGCCACAACGGACUGUCAAGCUUUUGUCAGAGACAGAGGGUUUCUAACAAGUCCUCUGAGCAAGGAGGAAAAAGACUUUCCAAUUGCGUACUCCAUGGUUAUCCAUGAGAAGAUUGAGAUGUUUGAGAGGCUCCUGCGUGCUAUUUACUCUCCUCAGAAUGUCUACUGUGUUCAUGUGGACAAGAAGUCGUCUAAAAUAUUUUCUGAGACGGUAAGCGCUAUUGUGUCUUGUUUGCCCAAUGUGUUUGUGGCCACUAAAUUAGAGAGUGUCGUCUAUGCUUCCUGGUCUCGAGUUCAAGCAGACCUUAACUGUAUGGAGGACCUUCUCAAGUCUCCGGUCAGGUGGAGGUAUCUGCUCAACACAUGUGGAGCAGAUUUUCCCUUAAAAACCAACGCAGAGCUUGUUCAAUCUUUGAAAAAUCUCAAUGGCAAGAAUAGUAUGGAGUCAGAAGCCACAAGCGAGCAUAAAAAAAAUCGCUGGAGGUAUCAUCAUAACAUCACAGACACUGUGACUCGGACGGACAUUAAGAAGACUCCCCCCCCCAUCGAUACCCCUAUGUUCUCUGGGAAUGCGUACUUUGUUGUUAGUAGAGAGUUUGUAGAACAUAUCUUUAAGAAUCCUGAGAUCCAGAACUUCAUAGAAUGGGAGAAGGACACAUACAGCCCAGAUGAGCACAUGUGGGCAACACUACAGAGGAUGCCUUCAGUACCUGGUUCCAACCCACCAAAUGAAAAAUAUGAUGAGUCAGAUAUGUUGGCCAUCGCGAGGUUGGUCAAGUGGAGUUAUCAUGAAGGAAACCUGAAGAAUGGAGCACCGUAUCCACCAUGCACUGGGGCACAUAGGCAUGCAGUGUGUGUUUAUGGAGCAGGAGAUCUGAACUGGAUUUUAAAGCAGAAACAUCUCAUAGCUAACAAAUUUGACCCUGAAGUGGAUGAUAUUGCUAUAAAAUGCUUGGAAGCUUUCUUAAGGUACAAAGCAAUUUCUGGUCAGUCUUUACUUAAAAUAAAUAAAAAGGAUAAAAAUCUUUAAAUAAUCCUACUACAUAUUGGCAGAAUAAAAGCAACUGUGUAUUUUAUGACACAUCAGUAAUAUGUUUACAAAAUAAUAAUGUGUCUAUUAUUAUGACAUUUUUUUAUAUCAGAGUUUAUUUAGGAAAAGAUUCUAUUUGCCAACAUUAAUAAAACUUAAUACAGCAAUAUCAGUAAUAAUUCAAACAAACCUUAUCGCAAGAAACGCAGAAAAAUCUGUCAGAUUAAACAGUCAAUAGGGUUUAAAUUGUUUGAUAUUUUUCUUUACACUGUUUUUUAAGUACAUACUCUUAAAUUAUUGAUGUAUUUGAUAAUGUAUUCGAUGCGUGGCACCUUAGUCAACAAUUCAAUUUAUUUUCAAUGUAUUUUGUAAAUAUAAUGCACUUACUUUUGCUAUCUGAAAUAAGUUUCUUUUUAGCCAAAGGCAUUAUCCAAGUUAUGUUAAUUCUCUAAGAUUGACAGCUAACACUAAUAAAACAAUGUUCUACUUAUUAUAGCAAGUAAAAUGAAUGAAUUUCUUGGCAACUGUUCUUACAAUUUGACUUGUUAUCAAUUGAUACUAGGCCUAAACGAUAUAUUAUUAUUUGAUAAGUUUACACAAGAAUAUAACAGAGCCCUAGACUACGGCUCUGUAUUAAACAGCUCCACACUACCUCAUAGCCCCAAUAAUUAUUUUAAUUUUAUUUGGCUAUUUAGAUACAUAUAUUAUGUGCAAAACUAUAGAGGUUUACAAAUCUAUUAAUAAUAAUUACAAUGGACUGUAAUCAGAAGUACACAGAUUUACAAUAUAAUAUUCAUCAGAAGUAUAGAGUUAUAUUGAUUUAUUUAAUCCGGGAUUUUUACUCAAAAGAAAAUAGUUUUUUGAUGGAUGAUUCACUGAAAUCGUAUUCUGGUGUUCAUUCUGGUGUCGUAUUCUCAUCGUAUUCUGGUGUUUUAUUAAAGGUUACACCUUUCGUGGUUUCAA